AUGCUGCUCAACGUGGCGAGGAUGAGCUACAUGGCAAGCUCCAACGCAACGAGCAAGCAGAUCAGCUGCAUGCACAACAUGCGGAGCAAAACCAUGACGCCCUACACGAGGAGCAACCAUGCGGUAUCACUCAACAUGGCGCGUACCAAUGUAGCGUGCAACAGACAGAGACAUGCUUCAAUGUCUACGUCCAGCCACGCGUGGCCGAGGAACGCGCAAAUGAACCCAGGGUCGAUGGUGAUCUUUACACGUACGGACUCGUCCAAGGCGGAGCGAGAGGUCGCAGUCGUGAAGGGUCCAGCUCGAGGAGGAAGAUUCAUCUUGCUGGAGACCGAGGAGGAAGGAGUUCAGAUCGCUGUCCGAAGGUCAAACGUGAAGAUCUCUCUGCCCGACCCACCCCAGGGAUCGUGGAAAGCUGAAAGCGUGAAGGGGUUGAAGGAAGCAGCGCAAUCUUUGUGCGGCAGCUUGCAGGAGGAUCAUCUAAGGCAAGUGUGGGAGGACCUGCGAACAGACAAUGAGGAGCGAGCGGUCGAGCUGAGUGAACUGGCAGAGAAUCUGUUCCAGGACACCUCAGCCAGCGGAUUAUUCGCGGCGUACACAACAGCAGCGCGGUCUCGGUCCUUGUUCACUCCUCUCAACAACGGUCUCGUCCUCGUCCAUCCUGAAGAGAAGGAGACCAACAUGAGCCCCGGGAAGGCAGUGGAGUCCCAUCCAUCCCUGGAGAAGCUCAUCAUGAAGAUCGUUGCACAUCUCGACGGCAUGGCCCCGCCCGAGUCACCAACGAUGGAAGUAGUGGAGGACGAGGAGGAGCUGAUGCUGUACCUCGAGCAGUACGCCAUGGGCCUCCGAACGCUGGAAGGCCUUCCGAAGCUGAUGCAGGUGCUCAUCUACAAGCGCACGCUCGUGUCUAAGGACGGCAACGAUCCUCGCCUUGUCGCUGCCAACAUCUUAUUCAGCACCAGGCAUUGGAUCCCCGGGGAGAACAUUCAUGUCAAGCGAUACCUCAAGCUCUUUGAUGUGCCCAGCGCGGCGGAGGAGCAGGCGCAGAAGCUGACGGAACAACCCCCAGCUGACGCUCUGCAAGGGCUCAGAGAGGGCGUUGACUCCAUCGCCUUCGCGGUGGAUGAUUCGACAGAGAACAUGGACAUCGACGAUGCUGUCGGGCUGCAGUACGAGGGCGAGGGCGAGUGGGUCCUGAUUCAUGUGGCGGACCCGGCUCGACUGUGCCUGCAGGACACGGAUCUUGACAAGCUCGCGCUAGAGAGAGCCUCUACCGUCUACCUCCCCGAGACCAGGAUCCCCAUGCUCCCCCAGACCUUGACGCGCAGUGCAUCGCUCGCUGAGCAGCGAGACAACGACGGGCUGACGUUCGCUGUGCGGCUGGGCCACUCCGGUGACAUCGAGGAGUACAGGAUCGUUCCUUCGCGCGUCAUCAAUGUGAAGAAGGCCACCUACUCGCAAGUGGACGAGCUGCUGACGUGGAACCCGGAAGCGGCGCUAGAGGAGCGAGAAGGACGAGGGGAUGCUGAGCAAGUGAAGAGCAGUUUCAUCCUUCAAAGGCUCAUGACGCUCGCAAAGCGUAGGAUGUCAUUCCGCAUGCUACAAGGAGCCUUGUCCACACAGAUCCCCAAGGCUCAGGUCACUGUCUGGGACGAGAUUGUGAACGGGGAGAAGAGAAAGGAAGUCAAAGUUGAGAUUUCGUCUCAGACUCCGUCGAGGAUGAUGAUAGCAGAGUUCAUGCUUCUGGCGGGCGAAGUAGCUGCGAGGUUUGCACACGAGCGAGGGAUACCCUUCGUCUACCGCACGCAGCUUCCUGUGCUCAAAGUUCCCGACUUUCCUGACCUCGAUCACUUCCGAAACGAGGCUUGCAGGAACUUUCAACAAGUUCUGAUGAUGAAACCUGCUGUCAACCUUGUCAUGCCCGCUCGUCAUAACGGACUUGGACUCUCUCUUUAUUCUCAGAUCACUUCGCCCAUCCGCCGCUAUAUGGACCUCUUGCUUCAUCGUCAGCUCCGAGCUUCGCUGCUUGGCUCUGCUCCUGCAUACUCUACGGAUCGCCUGCAGCACCUCAUCACAAAGCUCGAUCGCAAGGUCGCCGCCAUCUCGCGCCUGCAGCGAAGCUCCGAGAGGUUUUGGAUCCUCGAGUACCUCCGAAGGAAGGGCCCCGACAUCAUCCUCUCCGGCACGGUCCUCCGAUCCUACAACCCUGCGGGUCUCGUCAGCCAAGUGUCCAUCCUGUUGGACGAGCUGGGACACAUCGAGACGCUGCGAGUGGCCGACAAGGCGCCGAAAGUUGGGGCGAAGGUAAACGUGCAAGUCAAGGAGUGCAACCCGGUGAUAGGGACGAUAAAACUUGAGCUGGUCAGAUUGGAAUAA